AUGUUAGUUACUGUAUUACCUGCCCCUUCUUGCUCGUCUCCCUCUCCUCCUCCUCCCCCAAUCCCUUUAUUCGCCCCCCGCUGCCUCAUCACCGUAUCCUUUAUUCCCAGGCAAGUGAACCAGGCAUGGAAAGAGUUUCUAGACAGCCCCCGCUGCCUGCGCCUUCGAACAGCAGCCAAUCGCCUCGAGCCGUGGCUGUUCGUCCGGGCAGUCGGGCAGCCGAGAAAACAUUUCGAGUGGCACGCAUUCGCAGAGAGCGCUGGAUGGCGGAAACUCCCUCACCCACGUGGCACUAGCCAAUGGGAAGCCUCGGGAGUGGGGUGUGUGGGUCUUGACAGGUGUCUCUACAUGAUUGGAGGAACAGGGGCUGACCGCAAAAUUCCAUUGGCUGACACUUUCAGGUACGACCCUCAAACUGCCCGCUGGACCCAGUUGGCCAACCUCAUCACUCCCCGCAGCUUUUUUGGCUCCUGGGCUGCCCGUGGAAAAAUAAUAGUGGCAGGAGGCAAUGCAGCAGAGCUCGAGGAGAUCAAAUCAGCUGAAGUCUACCAACCAGAGACUGACACGUGGCAGUCCAUCCCACCGCUGCCUUUGGCGUUUUCUAGCUUUGGGGCGGCGAGUUUGGGAGAGACCCUCUUUCUGACGGAAGGGUGGCAGUGGCCGUUUCACUUCUCGCCCCGUGGGUUCUCCUGUCCUCUUUCUAAGCUCAUCCAGGAAACGGAAAGGGAGGGGCUUAGAGGUCAAAGGAGACACGGGGGUGCUUUGAUUGGCCGGGGACUGGGAGAAGGAGAGGGACGAGGAGGAGAGGGGGGAGAGGGGGGAGAGGGGGGUAGACGGGAAGCAAGCAGUGCAGGAGGAGAAAUCAUAGGACCAGAGGGCAUGGGAGUGGGGCAGGGCAGGGCGGAAGGGCAAAACAUGGGACAAGGCGUGGGGGAGGGCGUGGGGCAAGGCGUGGGGGAGGGCGUGGGGCAGGGCGUGGGGCAAGGCGUGGGGCAGGGCGUGGGGCAAGGCGUGGGGCAGGGCGUGGGGCAGGGCGUGGGGCAGGGCGUGGGGCAGGGCGUGGGGCAGGGCGUGGGGCAGGGCGUGGGGCAGGGCGUGGGGCGGAGUGGAAUUGCAGCAGUGUGGGAGCCUGUGCCUGAAGGCAUGGCGGAGGGGCAGGGCAGGGCGGAAGGGCAAGGCGUGGGGCGGAGUGGCGUUGCAGCAGUGUGGGAGCCGAUGCCUGAAGGCAUGGCGGAGGGAUGGACAGGCGUGAGUGCUGUGGUGCAUGACAUGCUUGUGACCCUGGUGCACGAGGGGAAGACUCGCAGGUGCGUUCUAGGGCAUGUUAGGGCGCGGACUGGAGUGAGUGCUGUGGUGCACGGCACACUUGUCACUCUGGUGCAUGAUGGGAAGACUCGAAGGCUCUUUUCCUACUGCCCAAAUACUGACAAGUGGCAGCUGGUCAUUGGCCCUCCUUUGCCCCUCUUCCUCCACCCACCCCUGCGCAUGGCCGCGGAUGGUAACAAUCGUCUUUUUGUGCUCCGCUGUCCAUUCCGCAUCACUCGCUACCAUCGUAAACCACAUCAUCACCACUCCAUCAUGGGUGCUACUGAUGCUGCUACUCAGCAAACCGUUGCCGUUUCUGCCUCGGUCUCCGAGCCUUGGGAAGACGCGAUGCGGGCUGAGCUGGCCGCGUGGUUCCAAAAUCCCGACUGGGUCGACGAGACGCCUUCGAUGACGGUUUCCGUCGGCUCUAACGCUCUCUGUCAACUCGACGGAGUCGCGACCGUCGGCCUUCCUCCAGACGCCGUCUUCUCCAUCGUAUGCGACCCGCACAACAGCCGCGUCUUUAAGAACAUCAAGUCUGUUAAGAACGAGCGGGUUAUUAGUGACAAUAACGGGGUGAAGGAACUCGAGAUGGACAUGGUGUUCGCCUUCCAGCUGCCCUUCUUUACAGGCACAUUCGACGCGCACAUGCGCAUGGAGCACGACCGCCCGAACCGCAAAAUGUCCUUCGAACUAACGCGCCCCGGUCUCAUGCGCAAGUUCGAGGGCUUCUGGCAGGUCGAGCCGCUCGUUGUCCCCGCUUCCGCCACUUCUGCCUCCGCCGCCGCCUCCGCCUCCGCCGCUUCCGCCACCUCCGCCACUUCCACCAUUUUCGCAACUUCCUCCGCUUCCACCGAUUCCGACACCGCUUCCGCUCCGUCCUCCCCGCUCUCCGAUACCUUCCAUCCGGCCAGCGACUGGGAUAGCAGCAGCGCCUGCAGCAGCCCAGAGCGUGAUUCCGCCGCAGAUCUCGCUGCGAAGACGACGACGACGAGCGCGACGACUCCGGCCGACGGCGCGCGCGUGGCAUCGCGGCUCGUGCUGCAUCAGGUGGUGCAGCCGUCCGUCGCGCCGCCCGACCUUUUCAAGCGGUGCAUCCACAUCGUUCUGCAGAUGGCUACUAAAGACGUCCUUAAAGUUUUCCAGCGCGAAGCCGCGGCGAUUAGGAACAGCAAGGGGCAGGAGCAGGAGAUGCAGGGAGGAGAGAACAAGAAGAAGCAAGGAGCUGACGUAAAGGCCGCUGCUGCUGCGGGGGCCAUGGCUGGCGCGGUUGCCGGCGCGGUUGCGGGAGCUGCUGCUGGCGUCGCUGUCGCGAAGAACGCGGAAUCCAUCUGGCUCGCGUCGCGCGUCUAUAAGCUCGUGAAGGGCAAGGCUUAA